GGUGAAAGAAGUGACUCCGGCUGCAUUCAAACCAGCAAGCUUUUUCUCUGGCGCAGAGCCAGUGAGGGCGGGGGAGCGGAGCGUCAGCAGCCUGCGACGGGAGGAAGGGAAAUGAAAGAUGAAAACCACGUGCCUGGAUCGGUGAGGUUGUUUAUCUGCUCUGAUCCUCUGCGCCUUCCUUCAUCCUUUUCGCGCACGUGGGAACCUGGCAAAGAAAGGCUGUAACGAACCUGCUGACUGCAAGAUCGCCGUGAUGAGUUUUAUUAACUAUGGAGAGACAAUAAAAGAAGGGGACACGGCUAUCGUCUUCUUGGGCCACGAGUCUAUGUUUCCAGUGAAGGUGCAGCAUGGUGGUAAAACUCAGACUAAGUAUGGCGUCAUUAGGCACUCCACUGACCUCAUAGGCAAACAGUAUGGCUCCAAGGUGACCUGCAGCAAAGGUGGCUGGGUGUAUAUUCUUCACCCAACCCCAGAGUUGUGGACUCUGAACCUCCCCCACCGAACGCAAAUCCUGUAUUCGACUGACAUCUCUCUCAUCACAAUGAUGCUUGAACUGAAGCCAGGGUCUGUUGUGUGUGAAUCAGGUACCGGAAGUGGUUCGCUCUCUCAUGCUAUUAUCAGGACAAUUGCUCCAAUGGGACAUCUGUAUACAGUGGAAUUUCACCAGCAGAGAGCUGAGAAAGCCAUAGAAGAGUUUCAAGAGCACAAAGUGGGCCAUUUGGUGACAGUGAAAAACCAAGAUGUCUGCAAAAACGGGUUUGGCAUCACUAAUGUUGCAGAUGCAGUAUUCUUGGACAUUCCCUCGCCAUGGGAAGCUAUAGAGCAUGCAAAGUCAGCACUAAAGCACGAAGAUUAUUUAGAUUUAUAUUCCGCCCUUCUUCUCAAAGGAGCUCAAGGCAGCAAACACACAAAAAAGGUGGACGCAUCUGUUCCUUUUCCCCUUGCAUCGAACAAGUUCAAAGGACCUGCCUGGCUUUGGAGGAACUUGGCUUUACUGAAAUUAAUACUUUGGAGAUCCUACUCAGAGUGUACAAUGUUAGGACAAUUAGCUUGCAAAUCCCUGAUCUUGGGAAAACAGCCAAGGAUCAUGCUAGUGCAGAGUUUGACAGAGGCAACCCAUCAAAUCAAGAUGCCCCGUGUGCUGGUCUUCAGCAGGGAACUGUACAGUUUAAAAGUGCUGUGCCACUCAGGGAAAUGGUGGGUCACACUGGAUAUUUGACCUUUGCUACCAAAAGCCUAUUUUAGUUAUAUACAUAGUUACGGCCUCCUUACUGGCCUCCCUCCCGGUCAAGUACUUUUUGCUCGUGAGGCAAUUCCAUAUAUAGUCAGAUUGAGUAAGAUUAUGCUUUUGUGUAAAUAGCAUGCAGGAGCACCAACCAGAUCAGCUUCAGCAGUACACUGUCGUUCUGGAACACAGCUUGGCUUGCUGUCAGGUAGGAAGAUGGAUUAGCAGCUAAUAGCUGAGGGUUGGAAUUUGCAAAGUAAAAGUCACUUGCUGAGGUGGAAAAAAAAAAUGACCACAAGGUUUCUUUGUGCUUUCUGGAAUUCCUGCAUUGAUCCUUCCCUCUAAGAGGGUGUGCAAUAGGGAGACUUUGUUUUUGUUUUUAUAUCUACCGUUAGGGAUUUAUUUAAUAUUUGGAUUGUUAAAAAAGAUUUCAAAAGAGGCCCAGAAUUAGUUAGCAGUGCCCCCAAGGAGAGUCCCAGCAAUUGUGUGGAUCUAUAUAUAGGCAUACAUGUAUACACCCACCUACCCCCAAAUAGCAUCAUACCUGAUUUAUUAUGGUCAGCUGACAGGUAUAGAAUAGAUGUUUCUAGUGGCUGAGUUCACACAUAAUAAAUUAGGAAGCUUGGCUUAAUAAACCAUAGUGUGCACCAUCUGCGAUCUGGUGCAACACAUCCUAAUCGCUCAUGCUUCACUCUUCCCUUGGCCAGUGCGUAAUCAAACCAGGAAGGGGAUAGCUUGCUGUUACACUUGAGUUUAAGAUUGUGGUUGGCUUGUCCCUAAAAACUCAAGAUUUGUAAGCCAACAACAAACCAUGGUUUAAGGUUGACACAAUGGGUUAAGGUUGCUUAAUUUACCCUAACAAACAAAACAAACCACAAUCCCAGGUGCAGAUGUAAUACUAAACUAUCCCUUCCUGGUUUGCUCACCUGCUCACAUGAAAGGAGGGGCAAAGCAGGAAUGAUAGAGGCUGGAUGCACCAACAGAGUAUAGUUUAUUAAGAAUUGUUGCAUGUGAAUGCAGCCAUUAUCGCAUAUAAUGGCAGGCUGAGAUGGUCUGUGUUCAUACCAUAAAUCAGCUGGUUCCACCCCUUGUUAGUGAAGAGCAGGAGUUUAACAAGUAUGGCUACUUAAUCAUAUAAUCCAACAGAUAGCAGGCAAUUCCCCCCCAAAUUAAUGGGGAAAAUUCUUUCGGUUUAGAGUACAUCAUGACACCCAGAUGCACACACACGAAGGUGCCCCAUUCUCUUCAUUGGAGGGAUGCAAUCCACAUACAUUCUUUUGCAUUUGCAGCUUUGAGUCACCUUCCAUUGGAGUGAAUGAAGAAGUGCUCACUGGUAUAGGAACAUCACAUGCAUAAUGCAGCUCCUGUGCCUCUGGAUCAGCUGUCAGACUGAAGUAUCCCAUUAACAUCCAUCAUGAUCCUAUGGGGCGACUGAUUUGCAGAAGUGUGCCCUUAAGGUUGCUAUUCUCAAGCCAUGUAGCCCAGAGCAGCCUAAAUGCAUCCAUUGAUAUUCUUCCAAAGCGAUUUGGAAGAUUAGAAUUUAAGGCCAUAAUCGGCCUAACACAAGAGCAAGGAACCUGUGGCCCUCCAGAUGUUGUUGGACUCCAACUCCCAUGCACCCCGGCCAGCUUAGUCAAUGGUCAGGGAUGAUGGGAAUUGGAGUCCAACAACAUCUGGAGAGCCACAUGUUCACUAUCUCUGCUUAACACUUGCUCUGGGAUACUCUCAUUGAAGUCACUUCUUGGGAGGAAUUCAUUUGAGUGUCACCACUUCAGACAUAAUGUAACUCAAAAAAGCACUGUCAGGAUUUUCCUCUUUCAGUAGUAAGUAAGUUGGUAAAACGCUCUUGGACAAUACUGUUUGAGGCUACCAGUAAGGGGAUGCAUGACUGAAUGAGUUGUAUUAAAGAUUCUGUAAUAGAGAUUCCAGAUGCAAAACUAGUUCUUGGAGGGAGAAGGUUAGGCUACAGGUCUUCUUCCUAACAACCAAUGUUGAAUGGGAGUUUUCUCUAUGGAGAGUACUUCAAUCUGUUCCCUGCUUGCAUCCUGAAAUAAUAGUAUUCAUGAACAGUUUUGCCACCUCUCCUGCUCUUUGUGUGAAUAAAUCCAUAGUACAAUUGCACAUCUGCUUGGUCAUAAAUAAAUGGAUAGAUUUGUACCAAAAAGCUUAUUUGAUCUAUUUUGUAUGUUAGACUGGUAUUUACAGAUGUCCAUUACUGUGAAUAUUAUAAGAAUAAACUCUCCCUGGUGUUCAUAAUCAGCAUUUGUGCAC